AUGCACGAGGACGAAGGCUUUCCAACAGAGACUUCAAAGGAGGCAGAUAUAAUGCGCAAUUCAAUACGGAAAGACCCUCUUUUCUUCCAUAAAGACACCCACUUAGAGUAUAUUCUUGCACAGGCCCGGAAGGAGUUUCCCCUGGACUACGACGUGAUCGUUCCGUGGCUUGCUUCGUGGAUCUCCAACGCAUUGUACGUGCUCCUCGGGGGAAAAGCCUUUUUCAGGGAACUUUUUGGCGGGAAAAUAACGUUUUUGCAAAAUUUUGCAGAUCAGGUAAUCAAGAUGCAGGUGCCCGGGUCAGGCUUUUCUGGCGGGAAGAAUCAACUCCCAAAUCUGGGGAAUACGUAUGCAGCCCUUGCCUUCUUGCACGCUGUGAAAAGAAUCCAGGACAUUGACAAAGAAGGCGCGGUUGCUUUCAUUCGGAAAAUGCGCGUGGAAAGCGGAUUUACAAUGUACGAGGACGGAGAGAUCGACCCCCGCGCAAUUUACUGUGCAGUUGCUUCGUACUCGAUCCUGCACUCGAAAGAAGUCAUGCAUAUCGAUCAAACCUGCCCGUUUCUGGUUCCUGGCGGAGAGGAAAUUUUUGCAGGAAUACCUGAAAUAAUUUCCCGCCUGCAAACGUACGAGGGCGGAUUUGCAGCCUCCCCCGGGGAAGAAGCCCACGGAGGAUACACUUUCUGUGCAGUUGCCGCCCUGAAAAUUUUGAAUUCUGAGAUCCCCAACGAAGAAAACCUGAAAAAGUGGCUACUUUCCCGCCAAAACCAGGAAAUCCCAGGAUUUAACGGGCGCACGAACAAAAGCCCAGACUCCUGCUACAACUUCUGGGUCGGGGCCUCGUAUAAAAUGUGCGCGUUGGAGAUCCCGUAUGUAAACCUGCUUACUUUUACGGUGGGAAGCUGCCAGGCAGAAAAGGGCGGCAUAAAAAGCGUGCCUUCCAGCAGGCCGGAUGUAUACCACACGGCAUGUUCCCUUUUGGGCAUGCACAUUGCCACGGAGACGGACUUCAACCACCUCCUGGGGAUUCCUGCCGUUUUGCGAAUGGGCUCGGAAAUGGGAAUAUAA